AUGUUGCAGUUUUCUGCCCAAGUUCCAGUUCUUUAUGCUGUUUCUAAUCUUGCCGACGCAACAUGUGCGCAACAGAACGCGCAAUUAAGACGGGCGCUUCACGGUUUGGGGCGUCAAGUCAUGGCAGCUGAACGUUCACUGCUCGCUACCAGCACGCAGCCCAAGUGCAUAUGGUCGUCCUCAUCAAGCAACGGCAAUAGUGGCGGAACAUGUGAUGUAAACGACCUUUUCUUUUUGACCAUGCGGGGCACUCCGCCAAGCGUCAGUGCUAGAGUCCUCGCGCACAUGCUAUACAAGUCCCACGUGUGCGCGUCGUACAGUACGACGUCGUACUGCUUCGCCAACCCCGCCGACGCGUGCGCCUGGGAUAGUGCGGCAGGCAGCGGCGGCGGCCAGUGCUAUCUAUCUUACAGCGCGGCCUUUGACCCCGAGGUUCUUCGAGGGCGUCUCUACUGCACAGGAUCAUUAAUGGAUACCGCCGCUCGCUGUGCCCUGGCGGCGCCAGGCGCCGCCGGCUGUACGGCGGCGUCAGCAGCAUCGGUAGCGGCAUCGACGGCGUCGACCGUGGCGGGUGGCGACGGCGGCAACGGUGUCGCCGUCGGCGGCUGCGUCUUCCUCAACUCCUCAUCCACUCAACUGGGAUUAAGCAGUACGACGGCGUCAGUACGGCAAGGCUACCUUCGCCUGGUGGGCCUUGUGACGUACACCGAGCCCGGCGGCAGCGAUGAUGACGGUGUUUGUGCGGCUGCCUGGCUGCAGCGAAGCGACGUCCUGGAUGGCCUCCAGCGCGCAGCGGCUGCGAACCCCGAGUCCGCCUGCUCGUACAUUGCGGGUUGUCGCUGGGAUGCUGACAGCGGCACGUGCGAGCCUGGGUACGACAUGUUGAAUGAUGCACUGUACGACAUGAACGACACGCUCUCACAAACCCCGAGUGGCAACUCCAGGGAAGCAGCAGCGGCGGCGGCGGUGACGGCGGCGGCGGUGGCAGCGCCAAGGUCAACAGCUGGCUCUUGCUCGCUGUCAGCGGAGGCGUCGCCGCCGCCAUGUCAGUUUGGGGUGGUGGUCGUGGUGGUGGUGUACGGCCGUACGGAGGGGGGGUUGGAGGUGGAGGAGAUGCCGGCAGAAGCUGUAGCAGCAGUAGCACUUGGGGAAUUUGGGCGCUUACGAGUUUACAUAGCAAGCCGGGACCUCCAAAGCGAAGCGGAGCGGUUCGUGGCAAGCUUGGAUGUUGGUGGAACGGAUGGCAUGGAUGCCGAUGAAGAGGACGCCUGGGACGCUGACCACCAGGCGCAGUUGCAGACGCAGCUGGAUGCACUGAAGGCCGAGGAGUCCCGGCUGUCCGCUUCCAUCGAUACACUGUACGACAAGAUGUUCCGAGGACUAGAGGUGCAGGUGCCGUACACUGAGGACGAACAGCAGGACGAGCAGCAGGGCGUUGUUGCCCCCGAGCUGGCGGCGGCUCCGCCGCCGCCGCCACCGCCGCCACCGACCCCGCGCCUGGAGACGUUGCGUUACGACAGCAUGAGCGAGCCGCGGUUCAGCGAGUUGGGUCGGUCGCGGCCGCCGGUGGCAGCGGCACUGAUGGCGGCGGCGGAGGCAGCGGCGGGGCUGGAGGCGUGGCGGGCGUUUCAGUCCCAGGCCACCACCCUGAAGAUGCAGCGCAGCCGGAUCCUUCGCGAGGCCGAGGAGGUGACGGCGGCGCUGCUGGCGGCGGAAAGGGCGGAGGCAAGGCAUGCCGCCGCAGCUGCUACUGCUGGCGGCGGCGCCGGCGGCGCCGCCUCCGCCGGCCGCGGCAUGGCGGUGCCGCUGGCGCCGGCCGGCAGCCAUGGCGCGGUGACGUCAGCGACAGUGAGUUCGGGUGGCGGCGGCGCUGGCGGUCCCAGGAGCAGAGAAAUCCGUCUGGUGCUGGUCAGCGGCUUCGAGAGCUUCAACGUCGGGCUGUACAAGGAGGCGGCGGCGGCGCUGAAGAGGCAGAUGCCCAAUGUGACGCUCCAGGUGGUGGGGGGUCAAAUGUACGACACACUGGCUCGAGCUGACGUGUUUUUUGGGUCCCUGUUGUUCGACUAUGACCAGGUGGAGUGGCUUCGGAAGCACGUGGAGCAGGUGCCUGUACGGCUGGUGUUCGAAUCGGCUUUGGAGCUCAUGUCGUACAACAAGGUUGGGACCUUUCAAAUGGCGGGUGGCGGAGGGGGAGGAGGUUCCUCGAGCCCCGCUAAGUCCCCCGGACCCCCCCCGGCGGUGAAGAAAGUGUUGUCCAUGUUUGGGAGCGGGAGGGAGGAGGACAAGAUGGUGGGCUACCUUUCCUUCCUCAAGUUGGGUCCCCAGCUACUCAAAUGGCUCCCCGGCAAGAAGGUGGCGGAUUUGAGGACCUGGCUGACCGCAUACGCAUACUGGAACCAGGGAGGCUCGUCCAAUGUGGUGGCCAUGUUCUCGUACCUCGUGGAAACGUUGUUUGAGCGCACGGGUUACGUCCCGCCUCCCAUUCGGGAAACCCCCGCGCUGGGGUGCCUACACCCCCUGUACGACAACGGUUACUUCACAUCGCCUGCCGAGUACAUGCGGUGGUACGAAAAGGCGGGGCCGCUGCGUGGCACCGGCGCGCCCGUGGUUGCCGUACUUUUAUACCGCAAGCACGUGAUUACGGAGCAGCCGUACAUUGGGCAGCUGAUUUUGCAGUUGGAAGCGGAGGGUUUGUUGCCGCUGCCCGUAUUCAUCAACGGAGUGGAAGCCCACACAGUGGUUCGUGACCUACUCACAAGCGAUCACGAACAGUCCCUGCUCGCUCGGGGCCUUACGGGGACCAUAAGCCCCACUUUGAAGCGGGACGCGGUCAAGGUGGAUGCUGUUGUGAGCACCAUUGGUUUCCCGCUGGUGGGGGGUCCCGCGGGAACUAUGGAGGGCGGCAGACAGGCAGAGGUGGCCAAGGCCAUUUUGGCCGCCAAGGAUGUGCCGUACGUGGUGGCGGCUCCGUUGCUUAUUCAGGACAUGGAGAGCUGGAGCCGGGACGGCAUUGCGGGCCUUCAAUCUGUCGUACUGUACUCCCUUCCCGAGCUGGAUGGCGCCAUCGACACCGUUCCCCUCGGCGGGCUGGUGGGGGACAACAUUUACCUGGUUCCGGAGCGUGUGAAGAAAAUGGCGGGAAGGUUGCAGGCCUGGGUACGGCUGCGGCGUAAGGCCCCUGCAGAGCGUAAAGUUGCCGUACUGCUGUACGGCUUCCCGCCUGGGGUGGGAGCCACGGGUACGGCAGCACUUCUUAACGUGCCCAAGAGCCUGGAAGCCCUCCUGGGGUCGCUGCGAAAAGCUGGAUACGACCUGGGACCUGACGUACCGGAGGACCUUUCAGGGCUUGGGGAGGCGGUGGUGGCUGCUCUGAAGAUGCAGGAGGACCAGAGAUGCGUGCUGAAGGGCGUGGCGGGCAUGGCAUCAUUGGGUGCGGGACCUGCGGCGGCCUUCGGAGUCAAGGUGGGGGCCGGGGAGAUGACUCCGGCCAAGUUGAAGGAGCUGCUCACCUACCCGCCCGAGUGGGGUCCAACCGAAUGGGGCCCUAUGCCGUACUUGCCGGAUAAUGACGUACUGGUGGAGCGGAUGGAACGGCAGUGGGGCGAGCUGCGGACUUACAGGGGCUUGAACACCUCAGCUCGUGGAUCCUACCAGGUUCCCGGACUGACCCUUGGGUCAGUGUGGAUCGGAGUGCAGCCGCCGCUGGGCAUUGAGGGCGACCCCAUGCGGUUGCUGUUCCAGCGGGACCUCACUCCUCACCCCCAGUAUGCGGCCUUUUACAAAUGGAUUCAACAUGAGUACGGCGCGGAUGUCGUACUGCAUUUUGGCAUGCACGGCACCGUGGAAUGGCUUCCUGGCGCACCUCUGGGCAACACGGGCCUCUCCUGGAGCGAUGUGUUGCUGGGGGAGCUGCCCAACGUGUAUGUGUAUGCCGCCAACAACCCCUCCGAAUCGAUUAUCGCCAAGAGAAGGGGGUACGGCACAAUUGUGUCGCACAACGUACCGCCGUACGGCAGGGCAGGUCUGUACAAGCAGCUAGCCACGCUCCGAGACCAGCUUAACGAGUACCGUGAAGCCGUACAGCAAGUACGGCAGCAGCUAAAAGGAUCAUCGUCCUUGGAAGGAGGCGCGGGGCCCGCUGAGGAGGCGGCGGUGUUGGCCCCGGUGGUGGCGACUCAGGCGGGCCUUAUCCUGGACCAGCUGCGGCUGACGGGGCUGGAGGCCGACUGCCCCUUCGUGGACCCCGCCACGGGCCGGGUGUCGCCCCUCCCCGCUGAGGUGGAGGAGACAGCCGGUACGACAGUUGAGACUGCAAGUACGACACCCGCGCCCCGGCACCCCGUUCUGGAGCCCUUGACCUUUGACCAGUACGCCUCCAAACUGUACGCCUACCUGCAGCUUGUUGAAGGUCGGCUGUUUUCCGAGGGUCUUCACGUGCUGGGGUCCCCACCCGGGACCCCGCAGCUCGUCCAAUAUUUGGAAGCUUAUUUUGGAUCCGGAUUACCCAGGGCGGCGGUGGAGGCGGUGGCGGAGCGCGGCGAGGAGGGUGCCGCGGCGGUGAGGUCUCGACUCGAACGACUUUGGGAGCAGGAGGCUGCCAGCUCACCCUUCGAGCCCGCUCUGCCGCCCGCGAAGAGAGGGAUGUCCGAAGACGUAGCGGCCCCCACAGCGAGAUCGGACACGGAAUACCCCGCCCCCCUCCGACCCCCCACGCGCGAGGAGCUGAACCAGCGGUUAGAGGAAGCCCUCCAGAUUCGGUCCCUGCUGCUGGCGAACACUGAGGAGCUUGCUGGUGUCCUCCAUGCGCUGGGCGGCGGCUACGUGUUGCCCGAGGCGGGGGGGGACCUGCUGCGGGAUGGAACGGGGGUGCUUCCCACAGGUCGUAACAUCCACGCCCUGGAUCCGUACCGUAUGCCCUCCCCCGCCGCCAUGACUCGGGGGUCGGCCCUGGCUGCUGCCAUCCUGGAGCAACAUAAGGCCUCCAGCGGGGGGACACUGCCCGAGACGGUGGCGGUCAACUUGUGGGGGCUGGACUCCAUCAAGAGCAAGGGCGAGAGUGUGGCCAUCGUACUGGCCCUGGUGGGUGCCGUACCUGUACGGGAGGGUACCGGCAGGGUUGCUAGGUUCGAGCUUGUCCCCCUGUCCCAGCUGGGUCGCCCCCGGGUGGACGUGUUGUGCAACAUGAGCGGAAUAUUUCGGGACAGCUUUCAAAAUGUGGUGGAGCUGCUGGAUGAUCUGUUUGCCAGUUGGACGAGCGGUGACGAGCUAGCGGACACGUGGGCCUCCCGGAACGCCUUCAGCUACGGCCGGGGCAAGGAGCGGGGAACCGCGCGACCUGAGGUACUUCAAGCGCUGCUCAGUACGACAGACCGCGUCGUACAGCAGAUUGACAGUGUCGAGUACGGCCUGACUGACAUCCAGGAGUAUUACGCCAACACGGGCGCCUUGAAGCGGGCUGCGGAGGUGGCUCGGAAGGGGGCUGCCGGGGGAGCCCAAGGCAAGGGCGGCCGAGUUGGGUGUUCCAUUGUGGAGGCGUUUGGAGGCACGGGCGCGGGAGGUGGUGGUAGUGGCGGCGCGGGUUCGAUUCCCCCUCCCCGCGAACUGGAGGAGGUAUUGCGUCUGGAGUACCGUUCCAAGCUGCUUAAUCCAAAAUGGGCCACGGCGAUGGCGGCUCAGGGCAGUGGAGGGGCGUACGAGAUUUCCAGCCGCAUGACGGCUCUGGUUGGGUGGGGCGCCACAGCGGACUUCCAAGAGGGGUGGGUGUGGGGCCAGGCGGCGGAGACGUAUGUGGAGGAUCAGGAAAUGGCGGAGACGCUCAGGAAAAACAACCCACAGGCAUUUGCCAAUGUCGUACGGCGCAUGUUGGAAGCUGCUGGCCGGGGAAUGUGGACCCCGUCCCGGGAGCAAUUGGAGAGGCUGAGGGCGUUGUACUCAGAACUGGAUGACCAGCUGGAGGGGUCCUCGGGGUCCAGCUGCACGCUCCAGAUGGCCCAGGUGGUCCAGGACCUCUGCUGCCGCUACUCGCCAUGCUGGGCUGAUGUCCGCAAGCAGGCGCUGGAUCGAACAGAGGGUGGUCGCGGGGUCGCGGGCCGCCAGGCGCAAGGCGUGCGUGUGUGGCGCCGCCUUUCGAGCCCUCGCCAGGGAGAUGUUGAGGAACCGGUCACCAGCCGCCGGCGAUACAGCCGUUUCCAUGUCUUGUGA